AUGUGCAUUGAUUAUCGUCAGCUGAAUAGGGAUACUAUCCAAAACCAGUAUCCCAUCCCCCGUAUUGAUGAUUUGUUUGAUGAGCUUCAGGGAGCAUUUGUGUUCUCUAAAGUUGACUUAUGGUUAGGGCAUCACCAGUUAAAGAUUCGAGCAGAAGAUGUUCCUAAGAUAACCAACCUGUUCAUUGAUGAUAUCCUGGUGUAUUCUAGAAGUAAGAAGGAUCAUGAGAAAUGUUUGAGGAUUGCUCUUAGGGAGCGUCUAUUGGCUAAAGAGGUCCAGACUCUGGCUAACAGUUUUUUGAGACUGGCUAUGUCUAGCACGGGUAGAGUGUUGGCUUGUGAUGAGGCUAGGUCAUCGUAUCUAGAGCAGAUUAAGGCUAAGCAGUUUGAGGAUGCUAAGUUAUAUAAAAUUCAUGACAAGGUGUUGCGCGGUGAGUCCAAGGAGGCCAUGAUCGACGAAGAGGGGGUGUUGCGGAUUAAGGGGCGAGUGAAGUAUGAACAUCAGAGACCUGGGGGUACACUUCAGAAGAGGCCCAUUCCUGAGCGGAUGUAG